AUGUCACCCGCCGGCAAACGUUCGCUUCGUUUGCCUUCGUCUCCGAUUCAGGGGCAGGCGAAGCGUCGUCGCGGUGCAGCUUCCAACCCUUUGGCUGCCAGUUUCAACUCUGCCAGCAGUGAAGCCUCUUCGUCUUCUUCGCAGUCGGGCAUAAACGUUCAAGCUUCUACAGUGUUUGAUCCAACCGCGACAUAUCAUAAUCUCCCACAAAUGUCUCUCCAAGCACCGGGUCCAGCUCCAACUUCGAUUGUGAGCGUGUCAUCUCAAACACCAUCUCGAACACAGACGAUACGUUCACGAACAUCACCGUCACUCCGCAUGGGAAGCUGCUCUCUCGACGAAAUGCUCCUCUCCAUCCCCCAAGGCCUCGCCUCUACCGAACACACCCGUCGCAAAGACGCUCUUCAGCACGAAAUCACUUUUCAGGAGCGCAACCCGCCGAUUCUCCCACCAUCCCAAGUCCAAGAUUUGCCUCCAAAGCCGUUCAUAGCGGAUUUUCUCAAAUUCCCCGAUGGGAUCAGCGAUCCGGAACGUCUGCAGAUUGAGAUGCGUAACAAUGAGAUUGCCGCUGAACACCAGAAGAUUGAUCGCCAGCGGAACAACCAGGCGGCUAAAAAGUCACGACAGGCUCGUCUUGAGGCGUUGAAUAAUACAAGGGUGCUGCUUAAUGAGAAGACGGCGGAGUGUGCUUGGUUUAGGAUGAAGGUGCUUGCGUUGGGGGGAAGCACGGCGGACUGGAACAUUGUGCCUGCGGGGGUCAAGACGAGACUUGUUAAGGAGAUUGAUGGGCGGGUGAAGGUUGUUGAGGGGGAGGUUGCGGAUGCGAAGAAGCGAGAGGAGGCGAAGAAGAGGGCGGAUAGGAAUAAGCGGAGGGCGGAGGCGAGGAAGGAAGAUGAGGAGGAAGGGGAAGAGCAACAUCCAGAGUCUUCAGAGUAGGGAAAUGGGGAUCGAGGUGUUGGGUUUGGGUGGUUCGGAACGGAGCUGGAUAUGGAGUUUGAGGAUUAUGAGGAUAUGGAAUGAUUUCUUUGUUAUGGAUGGUGAGAGACAGAUGGGAGAGGCGUUGGAACCGAAUCGAGGAUGACGGAGAUUGAAUCUACGUGUUGGAGAAGGACUUUUUUCUUUUUUCGAGAUUGCUUUGGCUUUGGAGGAGCGAGAGCUUGUUGUUGAAUCGAGUGGGCUACAUGAAAGGGCAGG